CAAAUGGAGUGAGUCCAGGACACGUCACGUUUAUAACCAUGCCAUGCCCAUAGCACAAGGGCUGGUAUAGCGGAAGAGAAGGAGCGGAGGUCCUUAACCAAAGCUGUUUUAAAAGCAUCGAAGAAGAACUGCGUAUAAAUAAUGAAAUCAUUUAAAUUUUACUUUUAAAGUCACCCUAAGGCUCUGAGUAUAGAAUGCAUCCUUCAGGUUUGAAGCUGUCGUAGACUGGUGUUGAUGCUAACAUGGCUUUCAUGCGUUUGUUCAUUCAGCCGAACAUCAGCGCAACAUCAUAAAAAUGGAAGCAUUUCAGUAGCACUCGGGUGGCGAUUGGCGCUUCUAGAAAUUUCGAAUUCUCCGUGGGUCUUUGGAUGACGUGCUUUGUUUUCCUGUCAUUGAAAGACGAAAGAAAGUCAUACAGAUUUGAAAUAACAAGAGGGAAUGUAAACUCUUGCCAAUUCUAGACCAGAAGCCUGAUACAUCCUCCCAAAAAUAACCUCUGUGCUUCAUGAGAGCACCGUUGGAUUACCAUCAAAUCGAACCAAAUCACAAAAAAUUAAAUUUACCUGACACCUGGAUGCCUCCGUUUCCUUCUAUAAAGACAGCAAACCAAAGGAAUAAGAGAUUUCAUGUGCAUUGCUUGCUUCUAUACAGAUUUUAACCAUUCUGUGCACUUUUCCGUUGGGCAUUUACAUUUUAAACUGUGAGAAUAACCUAAAAAUGUCAAAAAUGGGACCAGCAAUGGAGACAGCGGAUAUCGCAGUUGUUGCACUUUAUUUUGUCCUUGUGCUUGCAAUUGGUCUCCUUGCCACGUGGAAGGCAAACCGUAGCACUGUCAGCGGCUACUUCCUGGCAGGCCGAACUAUGAAUUGGGCAGUGAUUGGCGCCUCGCUGUUUGUCAGCAACAUUGGUAGCGAGCAUUUCAUUGGCCUUGCCGGAUCUGGGGCAGCAAGUGGUUUCGCAGUGGGCGCCUGGGAGUUCAACGCCCUCUUGCUUCUGCAACUGCUGGGAUGGGUAUUUAUCCCAGUUUAUAUUCACUGUGGAGUUUAUACCAUGCCCGAGUACCUUUACAAGCGUUACGGGGGUAAGCGGCUAAAGGUUUACUUUGCCGCUCUGUCUAUUUUGCUCUACGUCUUUACCAAACUCUCAGUGGACUUGUAUGCAGGCGCUCUGUUCAUUCAGGAGUCGCUUGGUUGGAAUCUGUACCUGUCAAUCAUAUUGCUCAUCACAAUGACGGCCUUAUUGACAGUGACCGGUGGACUGGUGGCAGUGAUCUACACGGACACUCUACAAGCUGUGCUCAUGAUUUUUGGUGCGUUAACCCUUACUGUCAUCAGUCUGAUCAAAGUGGGUGGUUUGGAGGGUUUACGGGUAAAAUACAUGGAGGCAGUCCCAAACGUUACAGCCAUACUGGCUAACAGCAACUUCACGUACACCAACUCUUGCCGGAUCCAUCCAAAGCCAGACUCCCUAAAGCUCCUACGAGGGCCGCUUGAUGAGGACAUCCCUUGGCCGGGAUUCCUGUUGGGUCAGACACCUGCAUCGAUUUGGUAUUGGUGUGCUGACCAGGUCAUUGUACAGAGAGUGUUAGCGGCCAAGAAUAUUGCCCAUGCCAAAGGCUCUACUCUUUUGGCAGGAAUACUUAAGAUCUUUCCCAUGUUCAUCAUCGUCAUUCCAGGAAUGAUUUCAAGAAUACUGUUUCCCGAUGAGAUGGCAUGUAUCGGACCGGAGCACUGCAUGGCUGUGUGCGGCAGUCAGGCUGGCUGUUCCAACAUUGCCUACCCUCGACUAGUCAUGAGCGUAAUGCCGGUGGGUUUGCGAGGGCUGAUGAUGGCUGUAAUGAUCGCUGCCCUUAUGAGUGACUUGGACUCAAUUUUCAACAGCGCUAGCACCAUUUUCACUUUAGACAUUUAUAAAAUGGUGCGCAUGCGUGCCUCACCCCAUGAGCUGCUGGUGGUUGGAAGGCUGUUCGUGGUGUUCAUGGUGAUUUUUAGCAUUGCUUGGGUGCCUGUUAUAAUUGAGAUGCAAGGCGGUCAGAUGUACCUCUACAUUCAGGAGAUGGCAGGAUACCUCACACCUCCCAUCGCAGCUCUGUUUCUACUUGGAGUCUUCUGGAAGCGUUGUAAUGAGACUGGAGCAUUUUGGGGUGGCAUGACUGGGUUCAUCUUGGGGACCACUCGACUCCUUCUUGGCUUCAUAUAUCGUGAGCCAAAAUGUGACCAGCCGGAUGAGCGACCAGCUUUCAUCACACACGUUCAUUAUAUGUACAUUGCUGCUGGGCUGUUUUGGAUUUCUGGCCUGGUGGCUGUGGUUGUCAGUUUAUGCACACCACCCCCAGAAAAUAACAAAAUCCAGCGUACUACACUCUGGGGCUUACGGAGACUUAAACAAUGUAUUGUAACUGAACGAAAGGAAAUGUACAAACUCAACGGUAAUAGUGAUUUUCGGAAAGAUGUGCCAGAGGAUGUCCAGAAUGAGAGAUGUCUUGAUGGGGCUGACUCAAAACUUCUCACGACCACCCAUUGUGACCAAGAUCCCAUGACUCCCAGCACAGAGGCAUCCACGCCAAUGGAACUAUACAGAAAUGGUCACGCAGAGCUUAUGAAUCAAAACGAUAAAGACAAGUACGAUGAAGAGAAUUGCCCGCAAGUAUUUGACUGGAUUUGCGGGCACAAGGAGAAUACGUCUGUCCAACCCAAAACCAUUGAGGAAGAUGAAGAAACUGUCCGUAAAAUGCUUUAUGAACCCCCCAAGAUCAAACUGUUACUUAACUCGGGCCUGGUAUUGGUCUGCUCACUGGGUAUCUUUAUGUUUGUGUAUUUCUCUUUGUAAUGUGCUGAUCUUGCCGGUUAAAGUCACCUGUGUAAAGGACAGCACAUGUGGGGGAAAUGCAGUUAUUUUCUUUUAAUAAGAUUGCUUUAAGAUCGCAGUCCUUUAACUGAAACUAGCAAUUUUGAUGCAUCAAGUAAUUAUCCAAGACUCACUCUUAUUGUAGUACUUAAAUUUAAGUGUGCGUUAAGGUUGUCCUAUUGUAUAUGCAUUUGCAGUUGUAAAACAGCUUCUAAAACUUGACAUCACUGGUAGAUUGUCCUGUAUGUUUUAAAUGGAUAGAAUUUUGAGAUCAUUUUGGUGAAAAGAAAAAACAAUGAUUUUGAUAAAAGUUAGAAUUAAAAGAAAACAUUAUUGCUUGUUUAAAAAGAUGCCAUUUCACUGUGGUGUUGUGCUGUCUAUCUAAACCUGGGAUAAAUUUCUCUGAAUAUUUACAGUAAGUCAGUCUGUUGUUGGCGAGUUUAAUGGUAACUGUUUGUAUUUUACUGUAUUUAAAUUUACUUGCACCUGGGGCUACUUCAUUGGGCAGAUGUGACAAAAAAUAUUGAACAUAUUGAACAUAUAAAAAGAACAAAAAAGUUCCUUUUUGUGCAAGGGUAAAUGAGAGUAGUUUGUGAAAAUUUUCCCUAAAAUAAUUUAUUCUUACAACACCGCUCUUAUAAGCAGAAUUGAUAUCUGCCACAGGAAAACUAGAAACUCAAUUCUGUCAUGUAAUGUUGAAAUCUGAAUAUUUCAAGCGGAAACAUGUUACGAUAUCCCAAAACAAGUCGAAUGGGAUGUCAAAUUUUCAUUGCUGCGCAAAAUAGUAUCUUGUUCUUCUAGAAGAAGAAUUUGAUUGUAGCUGCAGUAACAAGCAUUGCUUGUUGUUCUGCUGUUGAAUGCACUGUUUGUUUAGACAAAGGGGAACUAGUGGUCGGCCUUAUAUUGAAAUUGACCGUGGUGUUUUUUUAGACAAAGGUAACUUAUUUUUCUAAGCACAAGUUUGCUUAAUGUUGUAUUAAUGCAUUCAUAUCCAAGCACUUUAUUUUGUUAAUAGUAACCCAAAGGUGAAAGUGAAAUCUACAUUCCCAUCUAAAAGACACUUAAAAAACUGAUCGCGAAAGAAAGACUUUUUAGUUAGUUAUGGUUCUUGUGAAUGUCUUUAAUAUCAUUCAAAUUCAAUAUGUAGUUGACCAAUCAAUUGAUUGGUUCAUACCUUAUUUGUUUGUUUUUACUUACUUUGGGAAAUCUCUUUUGACUGAAACAGCAGUGGACCUGCACAUUUGAGUUAAGGAGCUAGACUAUUGCUUUAGCUUUAAUAAAUGUACCUAAAUAUAGUUUUACAGAAGAUGGAUUCUCAUAAAGCAAAGUGAAUCUGGUUAAUGUUCCAAACCGGACCUAAUUUCCUUUGUAACAAAAUAAAGGUUGCUGUUAAUCAAAUAUUUUUCUUAUAUUUGUGCACAUGACUUUAAGAACAUAUUUUAUAUGAAUGCCGUUCUGUGUUUCUUUUGAAGAACAUACAACCUUGGAGUGUGGAAACGAUUGUUGGUUUUGGAUUAACCACAUAUUUUCAAAUCAAACCAACAGCCGCAAAGGUUUUAAAUAUUUAUUAAUGGGUUUUACAUGUUAAAUGAAGAGUUAAGUCUUUUUGGUUGUAUUUGAAGGGUACUGUUAUAUUGUUUGUUUUGAUCAUAUUAUUCCUUUAAAUUUUUAUAUUCCUUAACAUUGUCUUCAGGUACAACAAAGGGAAAUGACUUGUUCUUCUUGUGUGACUUGUUUGUACAUUUUUAAGAUUCCUAGUGUUGUUAAAAUCCACCUGAUGUAUCGGGCUCAAAAUCUGACCUUAUCAGAAAUGUGACUUGGAAAUUUUUGAUACUUUUAGUAUCAAAAGUUGCAGAUAAAUAAAUCGAUAUUCAUUUGAAAAGGA